AUGACGGACAUGACGAAACCCCCUUCGGAUACUCUGCAAGAGAUACCUCAUCCUCGCGGUCUACACUACCUGCGUUUGAAAACGGUCGUCGUCUUGCUGCGAUCCCUGCUUCGUGUCGCUGGCCUCUUUGAUAAGCCACAACCACCGCUGCCCCUUUCUUUCCAGCGAGAAGACGCCCAACUUCCUUCACGCCAGCAAGGACGAACCAUCCAAGCCUACGUCUAUCGCUCCACCGACGCUGCCGAUGCUCCUUUGCCCGUCCACAUCAUCUGGCACGGCUCCGGCUUUGUCAUUCCUAGACUCGCCGGCGAUUACGCAUACAUCGAUUACCACCUCAAGCACCUCGGUCCCGACUGCGUUCUCAUCGACGCCGACUAUCGCAAGGCGCCCGAACAUCCUUUCCCAGCUGCCGUCCACGAUGCCAUCGACAUCGUCAACUACUGCCUCUCCCAACCUCAUCUCUACGACGUGAAUCGCAUCACGAUUGGCGGCUUCUCUGCUGGUGCCGGCCUCGCUCUCGUUGUUGGCGCGCACUUUGGCCCACAGCGCAUCGCAGGCGUCGUCGCACUUUACCCCGUCACCGACUUUAUCAUCAAGCCAGACGAAUAUCCUCUGCCCACCAAACACCAUGACAGUGGCAUUAUCAUGCCAGGCUGCCUCACCACUUUUUUCCUCGAUGCCUACUUUGUCAAGCAGGAGCACAAGCAGCAUCCGCUCAGCAGCGUCAAACUCGCCGAUCCUGCCUCCUUCCCUCGCCUCCUUGUCGUUGGCUGCAAGGCCGACACCCUCUACACCGAGGCUCUAGAAUUUGUCGCCAGCCUCAACAAUGCCGGUCGCACAGACGUCCGCUUCAUCAGCAUCGACAACGAGGGGCAUGGCUUUGAUAGGCGUCCCAAGAGCCCAGAGUCCGUCGAACGCAGAGACAAGCUGUACAAGGAGAUGAUCGAGUUCAUCAGUGUAUGCUCCUCGUCGGCCACGUCGGCUGCCUAG